CAUUAUUCUCCUCUAUGGCGACACCAGUCAUUGUUGGCGUCGGUGCAAUUGCUGCAGCUCUUGCCGGUCGUCACUUUAUUCGGAAUGCUGGAAGAGGAGCGGCAGAUCAAUGGGUGAAGGGAGGAUUCAAGGCGAAGAUGGAUCGCAAGGAGGCCAUUGCCAUCCUUGGCCUCAAAGAGGGACCUCAGCUGAAGACCCGGCUGAAGGAUGCACAUCGUCAAAUCAUGCUAGCAAAUCAUCCUGACCGAGGAGGAGCCCCAUACUUAGCUAGUAAAAUCAACGAAGCUAAGGAUCUCCUCGAGCGCGAGCUCAAGGGACGAUGACGAAGUCUUUACCUUACUUUCUCAGUCGGGCGCUCUAUUUAUCUUUGUUCUUCAUGUGUAGUUAUCACACUUGCCUAUAUUACAUCCAC